GGUCACUAAUGUUGGAAAAAGUACAGAGUCCAUUGAAAAGCAGGCCUGUUACUUUCUGAAUUAUUGGAUUUGUGUAUGUGUGUGCGCAAGUGUGUGUGUGUUGUUGAUGGACUGUUCCCUGACUUUCACUGAAGGUUACUGUAGCCUAAGUAUCCCAAGGCCAGAAAAGUUUACAAGCCUCACCUUUUGCCGUCCUCAAUGCUGUAUACCUGAAACCCAAGGGCACUAUAUAUUUGCACCUAAUUAUGUCUUCUAGUUCGGAUACCGGCAACGCACAGGAACCUAUAAAACAUGGACUUCUUCCAGGUGUGUCUCAAUUUAAAAUGGUGAAUUACUCAUAUGAUGAAGAUCUUGAAGAACUGUGUCCGGUGUGUGGAGAUAAAGUCUCUGGGUAUCACUAUGGACUCCUUACCUGUGAAAGCUGCAAGGGGUUCUUUAAACGAACAGUCCAGAACAAUAAAAGGUACACAUGCAUAGAAAAUCAAAGCUGCCAGAUUGACAAAACUCAAAGGAAGCGUUGCCCUUACUGUCGGUUUCAAAAAUGUCUAAGUGUUGGGAUGAAGUUGGAAGCCGUGAGAGCUGACCGGAUGCGUGGGGGUCGAAACAAGUUUGGACCAAUGUACAAGAGGGACAGGGCACUGAAGCAGCAGAAAAAAGCUCUCAUCCGAGCAAAUGGACUCAAGUUGGAAGCCAUGACUCAGGUGAUUCAAGCAAUGCCCACUGACCUAACAAUAUCCUCUGCGAUCCAGAAUAUCCAUUCUGCCUCUAAGGGCCUACCUCUGAACCAUACAGCCUUGCCUCCCACAGACUAUGACCGAAGCCCCUUCGUAACCUCUCCCAUUAGCAUGACAAUGCCGCCGCAUGGCAGCCUGCAAGGCUACCAGACCUACGGUCACUUUCCGAGCCGUGCUAUCAAGUCUGAGUACCCCGAUCCUUACACUAGCUCCCCUGAGUCGAUAAUGGGCUACUCUUACAUGGAUGGUUAUCAUCAGACAAGCUCGCCAGCAAGUAUUCCUCACCUGAUACUGGAACUCUUGAAGUGUGAGCCAGACGAGCCACAGGUCCAGGCUAAGAUCAUGGCAUACUUGCAGCAGGAGCAAGCCAACCGAAGCAAACACGAAAAGCUCAAUACCUUUGGGCUUAUGUGCAAAAUGGCUGACCAAACCCUCUUCUCGAUUGUCGAGUGGGCUAGGAGUAGCAUCUUCUUCAGAGAACUUAAGGUUGAUGACCAAAUGAAGCUGCUUCAGAACUGCUGGAGUGAACUCUUAAUUCUAGAUCAUAUUUAUCGCCAAGUGGUACAUGGGAAAGAAGGCUCCAUACUCCUAAUCACUGGGCAACAAGUGGAUUAUGCUGUAAUAGCAUCUCAGGCAGGAGUCACACUCAACAAUCUUAUGAGCCAUGCACAGGAGCUAGUAGCAAAACUACGAUCUCUGCAGUUCGAUCUACGAGAGUUUGUGUGUCUCAAAUUUUUGGUGCUAUUCAGUUUAGAUGUCAAAAACCUAGAGAACUUCCAGCUGGUGGAAGGUGUUCAAGAACAAGUGAAUACUGCUUUGCUGGACUACACAAUGUGCAACUAUCCACAGCAGACAGAAAAAUUCGGGCAGCUUCUCCUGCGACUCCCGGAAAUCCGGGCAAUCAGUAUGCAGGCUGAAGAAUACCUCUACUAUAAACACCUGAACGGGGAUGUGCCGUGUAAUAACCUCCUCAUUGAAAUGCUGCAUGCAAAGAGAGCAUGAAUUAUAUCCUUUUAAAGCCUCUGCUUUUGAGGAGAAAAAGCAAAAUACUCUGAACUACUCCAAGCGACACUAAUUAAAAAGAACUUGGUUUAAAGGAACUUUGUCCCGUCCCCCCCCAAAUGGUGUAAUAAUCAAAUACUUAAUAGUAAAUAAGUGAUGUAUCAGGGUAUUUGUAUUGCAAACUGUGAAUCAAACGCUACACAGUCUCCCCAAAGGAACAUGUAUAGGACUUUAUCACUAGAAUGAAAGGAGAUUACAAAUGGAUAUGGAUACCGUUGCCAAUGUCAAACAAACAAAAAAGGAAGGAAGGAACAAUUUUUGUAAGUUUAAACUUUUGCCAGUUGCCACUAUUGAGAAAUUUAGGAACAAGUUUUACCUGUGUUAUUCAGCUAACAGAGCAAAGGGAUCUGUAUGCACUACAUCCCUUCUUGUUAGCAGGACUGAAAACAGCUCUGAUGGACACAAAACUGCAGUCACCCUAUGGCAUUCUUAUCUCUCUUCCAGAAAGGAUGUGUAGCACCAAACUAAUAAAGAUCUCAAGUAGGCCACUUUCAUAGUAUGUAUGUAUGUGUAUGUGCACACACACACACACACACACACACACACACACUAGCACCACCAAAACAAAAACAGUCUGGGGUGGGGGCUUUGGGGGACUGUCUGUAACUCAGGCCUGCAAACAGCUAAUAUUUAAAAAAAAAAUGUUCAUAAACUAGUGUGACAUUCUUAAUAUGUUUCCAAAGUUUGUUUUUGUCAUUGUGUUCAUGUUGACCGUCCAGGCAGUAUCCCUCUUCCACCAAUGGGAGGAGGAACGGCUACAAGCGUCAGAAUUAAGCUGCUCCAAAGCAACUGCUGUUGGAUCGUGUUUCCAGUGCAGCGGGGCUCAAACCUUGCUGAAAUGGCUUCUCAAAGCUUUUAGUGCCAAAUAAUAAGCUUGCAGAUACUACUCAGCCUCUUGGCAGUCAUCAAAAAUAAAAACAGUGUUUCUUUCUUCAAGGUUUCAGUCAGCAGCAUCUCUUGAUCUGCCGCACUUAAUCUGCAACCUAGAUAAAAUGAAUUACUUGGAUUUAAUAAAGCAAUUAAUUUCAGUGGCUUCAGACUGUGCCACCGAAUUUUGGACACAGUGAUGGGAUAGGAUGCACAAGUUGCUCACCAACCUGUGACUGCCACGCCCCAUGAUCAUCUAUGCUGUCAUAACAGCAGGGCUGCAUCGCAAAGCUAAACACAGACAGCUGGGCAUCUAUUGCAGCCCCUCAAGGGCUCAACAAACACCUUGAGUUGUUGGUUUUUGUUUUUGCUGCCUACCUAAGACAGAAAGAACAGGAGGUUUAUCAAGUACCACAUUACAUGAUUGGUGGGUCUCAGGUUGUGCAGAUCUUUUCUAGAAUUGCCGGUUGGCCACAGUUCUGGCCUGACAGAAAGCCUGUAUCAGGAUCCGAGAAGCCAACAAAAGUCAGACAUGGCCAAUUCCUGGUUUAAGAGUACCCUGGAUUUGGAGGGGUCCUCAGACCCGCAAGUGCCCUUUUGUGGGGCCCCUUCUAUAUUGGUGGGUCUUGCCUGACAACUGGAAGGGAGGUAUGAGAUGCCAUUUUAAAUUCCACACUAUGCCUCAGAGUGGGAUUGCCAGGCACUGGUGCCAGUAGGCCUGGCUGAGGCGUCUCAGUUGCCCAAGGCUGAUAACCUGCCAAAUUCUACCCUGGUUCUACCCAUGAUUAACCAAUUCUAUCUGGGGUCUACCGCCUAUCCACUUGUUUCUGAACUCACUAUACUUCUAGGGAUUUCUGUUUGUUCACUCUGCCCUAAGCUGUCUGUUUUUAUCUCUGGCCCUGCCUCUGGGCCUCACAGUCCUGGUGCGGCCCAGGAUGCAUGUUUUUGAAAAGUUGCCAGCUUUAGAUGACUUCAUCUCAGGGACUGCACCAGUGCAAGGGGAGAAUGCAAUGCAUUAUACAAUCAUACAGUUCCCUAUACUGGUGUAGCAACCCACUGUGUCAGAUGAUUCUGCAUCUUCCCCCAUCCCCACAAGCUGAAAUCCAAGUGCUUCAGCUUUAACAAAAUUCUGGGUCAUGUUGUAGGUAACAAAAUACCUUUUUAAAAAAAAGAUUUUACCUAUGCAAGAUUUAAAAAUAUUCAAAAUGUAUAAGCUGGUUAGCUAGUAUUACUGGUAGUUUUUAGUACAGUCUAUGGAUUCAAAAAAUACAUUUUAAACCAAUUAUUCAAACAAAAAUAUGUGAGGACAGAAGAGUGAUACUGCCAGGUCCAUGUAGACCAAAGUCUGCUGCAGAACAAAUAUUGGAGAAGGACAAAUAACUCUCUAUCCAAAAUGAAGAUAUCAGUAUUAUAAAAUGCAGUGCCACUGUUAAGAAAGCUUUGCCUUAUUUCAGAAUUCUAAAUGGUAACUAUACAGAUGCAGAUCAACGUAUUUUGGGGGGGAGUAUUAAUACUUUACAUAUUUGAAGAAAAAAACAAAAAUAUGAUGGUUGUUUACAUUUGUUAGGUCCUGGGGUGGGGGGAACUGUGAUGAUGUUGCAAAGCAGUGAUUUCCUUAAUGUUGCUUUCUGAUUGGUAAUUAGUUUACCAGUACUUAAUUACUGUAUGUCGUGAGACACUAAAAUCAAUAAGGGAAUCUCAUUUAUACUUUAAUUUUUUAAUUUUUAGAUUAUUGGCUGCACAAUCACUUGUAGAAACUGUAUUAAAACUUCUACUCCCUUAGCUUUGUUUGUUUUCAUGAGGAUUGCUGGCUUUUAAAUAGUUUAUUUAUAUUGUAUAUCACAGUUUUCAUUGUAGACAAUUAUGAUGCUAAUUUAUUGUUCCUUGGUUUCAUCUUUAUAUAAAAAUAUAGCCAGAAUAAAGAAGCCAAAUAUAUGUGUUUAUUACAGCAUGUCUUCAAGUUAGUGGAACAUAGUUCAGGGACAUACAAGGAUCUUUACAGUUUAAGAUCAUUUGCUUGAUUAAAUGUCUGUAAAUUUUUAUAAUUCUAAAUGUGGUUUAUUUAAAAUCUAUUGUAAAUUUAGUGAUUCGCACCUUCCUUUAUUUCACGUGAGCCUAGUGAGGUGCAUUCUUACCUGAAAUUUCUUUUCUAAGCAGUGGACAUUGUAUACCAAAGACAACGUUUAUUUCUUUUGUAUUAGUACAGAACAGAGAGUUUUAUCACC